CACAAUAUUUGGCAUUACUACAUGGGGUUAAAUUAUACGUGGAAUGUGAAAUUUAAUCUACUCGAAUUCCCAUUAAAAUAUUUCCACUAAAAUGUUUUUUAUAUUUUAUUUUCCAUCCGGAGUUUAAGGCGCUAUGUCACAAGAGCCGUCAUGCGGAAGAGUCCCGGGGAUCUGAUUAUCAUCAAAGCAAAACCACAAGAUCAACUAAUAGACGAGACCACAGCUAUCGUUGUUUUUUUUGUUUUACACAGAAGGACAGUAGUAUUUUCUGAGUUAGAGUAAAGCUAGAGCUAUUGCAAAAUGUCCUCGGAGGAAUUCGAGAAGUUACACGAAAUGUACAAGUCUCUGUACGAAGAGCUCAAGCAAAUGCCGGAGAGGGCUCUGAAAUGCCAAGGAGAGGAGAAGAAGAGGCUGGUGAGGAGCUUUGAUGAGAGGCAGGGGGAGGCUGAGGAAGUGUUACAAGGAAUGGAAGAUGAGCUGCGCUCUGCGCCUCCGUCCUACCGGAACACCAUGAGCACCAAGCUGCGCCUGUAUCGCCGGGAUCUCGGCAAACUGCAGAGGGACAUGAAAAGCUCGGUGCCCGGGUUUGGCUUCUCGUCCCAACCAGCGCAUCAGGGCGUUUACUCAUCACAGAAUCAACAGAGUACACAUCUGCAGUCCCAGAGAGCUCUGCUACUCCAGGGCACAGACUCUCUGAACAAUGCCAGUCAGAGCAUUGAGCGAAGCCAGCGCCUCGCCGCUGAGACGGAGCACAUCGGCAACGAUAUCAUCGAGGAACUGGGAGAGCAGAGGGAGCAGCUGGACCGCACCAGAAACAGAUUGGUCGAUACAGGAGAAAACCUCAGUCGCAGCAGAAAAAUCCUUCGCGCCAUGUCUCGACGGCUGGUGACGAACAAGUUGCUAUUAGCCGUCAUCAUUCUAAUGGAGCUGGGCAUCCUGGGCGCUGUGGUUUACUUGAAGUUCUUCCGGCCAUCAAAGAAGCCCUGAGCCGUGGAUCCGUCUCCACUCACCAUCCAGUAGCAAUAAUUCCUGUUCCUGCGGGUGAAGCCUUUUUCCUGGGAGGGGACUGCGGCGGCAAAUCCAAGAAACUGUUAAUGGACCAAACCUCCGAACGCUCUCUGAACUGAGAUUUGCACCGUUCAGUCUGUCAAUGCCACCGACGCGGGAGAGUGUUCUGGCUGCGACAGAGCCCAGAGAUGAUUAAGAUUUUAGCCGAAUCAGCGAAUGACUUACUGCUCACUCCCACGUGGGAGGACUCACUGGUGAAGGUACAUGGUGAAAUGACUCCUGCAGAGUCUGAUCUCUUAAUGUUGCCUUUCCCAGAGCCCCUGUGUUUGACGAAUGAGGUCAAAUUCAUUACUGACGUCAAUGUGAAAAUGUGUGAAAGGUCUUAAUCUUGAUAUUCUUAACAGUUCAUGUCUCAUCACUGUAUAAUAAUAAUAAUACUGAUAAUAAUCACUGUUAGAAGUAGCGAUCCCGGUUCCUUAUCUGACCGUCAUCAUGUCAUUAAAGCUAAUCUUUAACUUC